CAUAUAUUGCAUUUGAGAAUAUCUUGGACGAAUAUUUAUCCAAUCCUACAUCUUAUAAUGAACAAGAACAGAUCGAAUUGUUAAAUUGUAUAAAAGAUGUCACAGUUCCCAUAAAAGAUGAAGAACAAAAGGCAGGAUGUCAUUUUUUCCAUAAUUUGCCAGAGAUUCAACUUAUGGACACGUUUUCCUGGAAAAUUUUCUCUUUGUUAGUGCCGUUCUUGUCAUCAUAUGAAUCAACAUCACUUAUAGUUCAAGAAAUUGUUGAUGUUAUGGCUCAGCUCAAUGUUCGAGACAUUCAUGUGAUACUUUUUGAAAGAUUUAGUUUGCUUGAUUGGGAAAAUUCAGAAAAUUUUGUAUCUGAAUUUACUGGAUUAAUAAAGAUACUCAGAAUAGCUGAAACUUUCCAAUAUAUUGUUAGAGCAUGGCAAACAUUAAAAACUUUAAAGGAUAAAAAUUUAGAUCUCGUAACUGAAUGUCUAAUCGGUUUCACAGAAUUUACAGUGCAAACGAUUAACCUUGACAGCAAGGACCUUAAACUUAGCAUCACACCAAAUGAUAUACCUGAUCAAGAGUUUUUUUUGAUCAAUUAUUUAAUCGUACAAUCUUUUGAAGAGUUUGUUCGAUCCUUUUGCAUACCAAUGUCAUCCAUUUAUUAUGAAACUUUCCACCCAAAGUUCAAUGUUCCAUGGAAACAAAAACAGAGAGAUAAUGUUAGGUUGAUUGAUCAACAGCGAUUAAGCAAAUUGAUCUGUGUUGCUGUCAAAUCUCACAUUUCCAGUAACCAAUUGGUGAAUUAUAUUAUCCAGGCGAACAAAAAAGUUAUUGACAGCAAAGACCACGUAGAAGAUGACAGCCAGGAAAUGACACCAGAAUAUAUUGACUCGGUGUUCGAAAAUAAAGAUAUUUCAAAGCCUAAAUUCAAUACUUCCGAAUAUCCUAUUUCUCCAAGAGGAGUAAUUUCUUAUUUAGCAUCGGCUAUUUAUUAUAAGUCUAUGGCACUUAAAGGAUCAAACACUCUCAAAGAUGUAUUUUCAGAAUCCCCAGAACAUAUGUUUAGAGAAAUUACACCUAUUGCUUCUAUAGUGUUUAUAAAACAUUCUCAAGAGACCGAAAUAAUUGACAAGGUAUUACUGGUGCUACUUUAUUUGGCUGAGAGGAAUGAGGAAAGCACCAUCACGAUGCAACAUUUGACUGCAAGUUUGUCAAAGGAUGAAAUAACCCUAGGUUCAUUGUUCACGAUGAUUUCCUCUUUUGCAUCAACUUCAUCCGAAGAAACGUUGCGCUUCAACGCGCAUCAACUAUUAUCUAGAAUUAUUGCAUUGUGUACAGAUGAUGCCAGAAUGUUUUUAUUGCAGCAGUUAUUAAUGAAUAGUCCGUUUGAGCAGAUGAAAAGCGCUGCAAUUGGUAUCUUGAAAGAGAAUGUUGCUCAGCGCUUGAACCAAGCUUAUGGUAGAAAGCAUGACGAUGAA